CCCGCCCGUCUCCCCUCUUUCCCUUUCAGCCGGACCUGCAGGUACUCCGGGAGGACUUUGCGGAGCUUUGCUUCCGCGGCCGCCGGCAGUCCGCAAGAAGCGGUGUCUCUCCUCGUGCCCGAAAUUGCGAUCCCCGCGAAAAAUGGCUGCGAUCCCGGCUUUCUCCGGCACUACCUCGCUGCGCCGGCGGCUCCUGUUCUUGCUCCUGCUUCACGUUUCUUUCGCGCUCUGGCUGAAGGGGAGCGGCUGGGUCGCCGCCGCUCCAGAGGAAGCCGCGGCGAUGCCCAGCUCGUCCCCGAUGCCGGAAUCCGCCUUGCAGAAGCCCACCGUCUUCUUGACCAUCCUCGCCAGGAACGCUGCCCGCUCCCUGCCCCAUUUCCUCGGCUGCCUGGAGAGACUGCGGUACCCUAAGCACCGGAUCGCCAUCUGGGUGGCCACUGAUCAUAACGUUGACAAUACAACAGCCAUCCUGAAAGAAUGGCUGAAGAAUGUACAAAAACUCUACCACUACGUCGAAUGGAGGCCGAUGGAUGACCCUCAGUUUUACCCAGAGGAAAUUGGACCGAAACAUUGGCCAAAUUCCAGAUUCACACAUGUGAUGAAACUGAGGCAGACUGCUCUGAGAACAGCAAGGGAAAAGUGGUCUGACUACAUCAUGUUCAUAGAUGCUGACGGUUUUCUGACAAACCCAGAAGUGUUGAAUCUGAUGAUAGCAGAGAACAAAACUCUUGUGGCCCCAAUGCUGGAAUCUCGGUCUCUCUACUCUAACUUUUGGUGUGGAAUGACACCUCAGGGCUAUUACAAGAGGACACCAGAUUAUUCGCUGAUCAGGGAAUGGAAGAGAACUGGUUGCUUUGCAGUCCCAAUGAUUCAUUCCACGUUCUUGAUUGAUCUGAGAAAAGAGGCGUCAGAUAAACUGGCAUUUUAUCCCCCGCAUCAGGACUAUACCUGGACUUUUGAUGACAUCAUUGUUUUUGCCUUCUCAAGUCGCCAAGCUGACAUUCAGAUGUACAUUUGCAACAGAGAACAUUAUGGUUACCUGCCGGUGCCACUGAAACUACACCAGACGCUGGAAGAUGAGGCGGACAAUAUCGUUCACAUACUGAGUGAAGCAAUGAUUGACCAUCCUCCAAUUGAACCCUCGGAGUUUGUCACAGUUCCUCCAAAACACCCAGACAAGAUGGGAUUUGAUGAGAUUUUCAUGAUCAAUCUGAAGCGUCGGAAAGACAGGCGGGAUCGAAUGUUGCGGACUUUAUACGAACAGGAAAUUGAAGUCAAGCUAGUGGAAGCCGUGGAUGGAAAGGCCCUGAAUACAAGCCAGCUAAAAGCUCUAAAUAUAGACAUGCUUCCUGGUUACCAGGAUCCAUACUCUUCUAGAGUGUUGACCAGAGGGGAGAUCGGCUGUUUCCUUAGCCACUAUUAUAUUUGGAAGGAGGUAGUAAACAGGGAGAUGGAGAAGAGCCUAGUCAUUGAAGAUGAUGUGCGCUUUGAGCAUCAGUUCAAAAAGAAGCUCACAAAGUUAAUGGAUGAUAUUGAGAGAGCACAGCUUGGCUGGGAGCUUAUAUAUAUAGGCCGGAAACGGAUGCAGGUGGAGCGUCCAGAAAAGGCUGUUCCCAAUGUGAUGAAUCUUGUGGAAGCUGAUUACUCGUACUGGACGCUGGGCUAUGUGAUCUCCUUGCAGGGAGCUCAGAAGCUAAUUGGAGCUCAGCCUUUCAGCAAGAUGCUCCCUGUAGAUGAAUUCUUGCCGGUCAUGUACAACAAGCACCCAGUUGCCAAGUACAUGGAACACUAUGAACCUAGAGAUUUGAAAGCUUUCUCUGCAGAGCCUUUGCUGAUCUAUCCAACCCACUACACUGGGCAACCAGGUUACCUCAGUGAUACAGAGACAUCCACAAUCUGGGACAAUGAGACUGUGGCCACUGAUUGGGACAGGACACUCUCCCGGAAAUCCCGGCAACAGGGCCAGAUCCACAAAGACGCCCAAAACAAGAAUGCCUUGCCACCUGAACCUUCCCUUGAUGCAUCAUCUGCCAGAGACGAGCUAUGACUGUUAACUGAAUCAGCUACAAGUUACUGGGAACAUUAACAGGACCUCUAGAUAUACUGAUGUACUGUCUUCAUUGGCAAAAUAGUUUGAUUUGACUGACUUGAACUAAGCAGGUGCCUGUCUCAUUUUGCAGGGCAAGUGGGUGAACCUGAUUGAAUCAAGGGUGGUAUACUUCUUUAAAAACAUGUAUUGAAAGGAGGCCAUGGUUUUGCUGAUUGGCUUGUACUAUAGGAAAUCCUACAGAGCUGCUGGAGGACUCUAAAAGGAAAUGAGGUUAUACUCAGGACAAAGGUUCCUUGAGCAAUGUCUUUCUACAGUUCUUGAUGUAGAGUUACUGUAUUUAUAAAAAUUAAUAUAUACAAGAGUUAGGAAAAGUCUACAAGUUUUUCCAUGUUAAUUAUUGGUUCUAUUGUCUGCUGCAUUGCAUGAACUGUUGCUGGUUUUGGUUUUGUGAACCAUAUUCUGAAGCAAAAACGUUAGAAUGUUCUCCUAAUUCUUAAGGGCUAAAUGCCAAAUAGCGUCCCCUGUCUUGAAAUUACAAGACGACGGAGUAGAUUUCCCUUUUGUUCAUCACAUAAAUUCCUAGUGAUACUAAGUUAUUUGGUUUCCUUUUUUAAUCAUAAGCUAUGAGCAGCAACUCACUGUCACCAAGAAUUUCUGGAGUUC